AUGUCUUGGCUGCCCGCCAUGACAUCGAAGGCGCGUCCCCGAACCUCGGAUGACGGCCAGAGAGAGCUCCGGGAAACCAACCAGUCCAGCUCGUCUCCACCCGUCACUGAAGACCCUCCUUCUCUUCUUCUCUCCAUUCCCCACUCCUUUAAGUACCAGAGAACCCCCAUGGAAGAUGCCACCAUGCCCACCUCUUCUCCACCUCCGCAACCCAGAAGCGCAGAAGAACACGACAGCGAUGAUCACCACCAACACCUCUCCUCCACGUUGAACAGCUCACGCGACAACGGCCCGCUCCUCCCCGCACAUUCCAUCAUCCGCUUCAUCCAAUGCCCGCGCUGCUCGUUACCGCUCCGAACCCCGCUGCGCCUGCCGUGCGGAAACACAAUAUGCAAGUCGUGUCUGCCGCCGAUUCGGCAACGGACGGGGAUCACUUACCCGGCCGAUGAGGAGCGGAAACAAGGGUUUACGUGCUAUUGGGGAGAUGCGGCGUGCUGCUCGGGGGAACACUGUCUGGGGGAUUGCGGGACGGAUGUUUUGUUGGGGAGGGUGGUGGAUGUGUUUGAGGAGGUGUUGGGGAAGGUGGAUGGUGGUGAUGAUAGUGCUGGGUGGUGCAAUGUUAGGUGGGAGAGCAAGAGGCUGAGGAGCGAGUCUGAGGCAAAAGGGACAGAAACUGAGACUGAGACAGAAACAUGCGUUGCUAGGAUUGGGUGCGAUGAUUUGUUAGGGGGUGUAUAUGGGUUGGUCAAGCAGGGUCGGGUUGGAUAUGAUGAUUUGCUGGAGAUGGAAAUCGUCGCUACUACGUCUUCUGAAGAGGGUCGGGGUCUCCAAAGACAGGAUUGUGAAGGGCAACAAUCAUACGGGAGGUUGAAGGAGGCAGUCCGGGCCGAAUUGGACUGCCAGGUCUGCUACUCGCUUAUAUUGGAUCCAUUGACGACUUCUUGUGGACAUACAUUCUGUCGCGGAUGCGUGGCUAUGGUUCUAAAUCAUAGUGAUCUGUGUCCGCUUUGUCGGCGCAAGUUGAAUAUGGCUUCGACGGUGCGGGCUGAGCCCGCUAACAGGAGGAUCUCGAAUCUGGUGGAGGCUUUGUUCCCUGAGCAGGUUGCAUCACGUCGCGAGGGUUCCUCCAAUGAAGAUGGAGUGGCGGCUACGGGAGAUGGAGAGCGGACUAUCCCCUUGUUCGUGAGCUCGCUUUCGUUCCCGACUAUGCCGACCUUCCUGCAUAUAUUUGAACCGCGAUAUCGGACUAUGAUUCAUCGAGUGAUGCAGACGAGGGAUAAGAAGUUUGGUAUGGUUAUGUAUAAUCGCUCUGGUCGGCUGCAGGAAGGUUUGGGCAGGGCUCAAUUCAUGCAGUAUGGUACAGUGCUGGUGGUGGAACGGUUCGAGCUACUCCCCGAUGGAAGAAGCUUAGUGAUUGCGUCGGGAGUGUCGCGCUUCAAAGUGAUCAGCUUUGAGAUGGUGGAUGGAUACCAUGUUGGUAGGAUACAGCGUGUGGAUGAUAUUGCGAUAUCUGAGGAGGAGAGGCUAGAGUCUUUAGAAACCUCAUCAUCAGAAACAGAGGAAUCGCUAUCACCGGCGUCAUCACCACUGGAGUCUCUGCCCACGCAGCAGCUAUUCCAGAUUGCCUUGGAUUUUAUCGACAAAAGCCGUCGCGAAGGAGCAGCAUGGCUCCAUCCGCGUGUUUUGCUAGCUUACGGCGAGGCACCUACUGAUCCGGCUGUGUUUCCCUGGUGGUUCGCCUGCGUUCUGCCUCUUUGGGAGGAUGAGAAAUACCAGCUUCUAGCGACGACAAGUGUCCGGGAUAGAUUGAAGAAGGUUGUGCGGUGGGUGAGGAAGUCAGAGUCUCGAGAGUGGUAG